AUGGGCCAGGAAGCUACCCCUCCAUUGCCGGACGGCAUCUUCUCCCUUCUGGAUACAGAUCUCUACAAGCUGACGAUGCAAUGCGCGAUUCUCAAAUAUUUCCCUGAUGUUGAUGUCACUUAUGGUUUCACGAAUCGAACCCCGGAUAUGAAACUGCGCCGAGGGGCUUACAAAUGGCUUCUGGAACAGAUGGAGAAGCUCGCCAACGUCCGUGUCACUGCCGAAGAGCGUGCAUUUCUCAAGAAGAAAUGCCCCUACCUCAACGACACCUACCUUACCUUCCUCGAAACAUUCCAGCUCAAGCCAAUCGAGCAGAUUGAAAUCAAAUUUACUCCGACACAAGACACAGGCAGUGAUGAGGAUGAGGGUGUCGUGGAGUAUACCAUCAAGGGUCUCUGGGUCGACACGAUCCUGUAUGAAAUUCCACUGCUGGCGCUGACUAGUCAGGCGUAUUUCAUGUUCAGCAAUACGGACUGGGAUCAUCACAACCAAGAAGAAAAAGCAUAUCGGAAGGGUUGUACACUUCUGGAGAAUGGAUGCGUGUUCUCGGAGUUUGGCUCUCGCCGUCGACGAGACUACCACACCCAUGACCUCGUGAUGAAGGGGUUGUGCCGCGCUUCCGAAGAAGGAAAGCAGAAAGGCUGGAAGGGAGCGUUGACUGGCACCAGUAAUGUUCACUUUGCCAUGAAGUACAACGUCAAUGCCGUGGGUACCGUGGCGCAUGAAUGGUACAUGACCAUCGCAGCCAUCACAAACGAUUAUACAAAUGCUAAUGAGCUGGCCCUCGGGUACUGGCUCGGAUGCUUUGGCGAAGGCGUUCUUGGUAUCGCGCUCACUGAUACUUUUGGCACUCCGGCUUUCUUGGAAGCUUUCUCUAAACCAAUCCCAGAAUCGAUUCUCCCCCGAGAUGGCUCUUCACCAGCCAAGACCUAUGCUCAGGUCUAUACUGGCGUCCGCCAGGACUCGGGUGACCCGACCUACUUUGUCAAGAUGGUACGCGAUUUCUAUGACCGAGAGGGAAUCACGGACAAGAAGAUGGUUGUGUUCUCGGACUCGUUGGAUAUCGAGCACUGUCUUGAAUACAAGACCAUUUCCGAAGAGGCGCAGUUCAUCCCGUCGUUCGGCGUGGGGACUUUCUUUACUAGUACGUUCAAUUGUUUUAAGGAGAACCUGGAGACCCUUUCUUCUCUCAUUCUAACCCAUCACGAUGUAGAUGACUUCGUGAACAAGUCCAAUGGCGAGAAAUCAAAACCACUCAACAUCGUCAUCAAAAUCGCCACAGCAAAUGGCUGCCCGGCGGUGAAGCUCAGUGACAACAUAGGCAAGAACACCGGCGAUGAAGCCAAGGUCCAGGAGGUGAAGAAGCAGCUGGGCUACACUGAGCAGCGCUGGGCAGAAGGCGACGAGAGCAAUCGCUGGAUGCAACGAACAUAA